AUGUAUAUUAAGGGUGUGCACGGAUACCGGGUAUACUCGGAACCGGUCGGAACUUACCCGUUGGGACUAACAGAGUCGAGAAGAAUCAGAAGAUUGAAGACACAAGACAGGAAGGAAGAGCGAAGAGGAACCCUAAAUCGCAAAUCGUCUCCGACUCCAGCUCCUCUCGUCUUCGACUCUCCACUCCAGCUCCUCUCCGUCGGUCGCGUCUCGUCUCCGACUCUCCACUCCGGCUCCUCUCUGUCGCUCUCGUCUCUGACUCUCCUUCAAUCUCCCUUUCCCUGCGUGAUAUUCACGACAUGUGUUGCGCACAAGAUUGGUUGCGCUCUUCACCAACUCCAAUCACUAUUGAGCAAUAUUUGGAGGAUGCGGAAAAGUAUGAGGAAGAACUCAACGGCGCCACGACAGAGAUUAUGGUGGAUUAAUGUGUGGAGCAGCUACAAGCAACGGUAGACAAAGUUGGUCGGGCACUUCACAAUUCCCUUCCCCUGCCUAUCAGAUGAGAUCUUCUGAGUUAUCUUUUUCUAAUCCUGUAUUUUUUUCUUAAGAUUAAAGUGUGGCUUUUGGAUAGAUAAAUUUUUUAGUUCAUGGACCGUAUUAGUCCAUGAUGGACGCAUUGUAAGGAAAUAUUACAUUUUGUUGUGUAAGAUCGUAUUAUAGAUAUUUAGUUUUGUGGAUGGACUAAUGAGACAUUAUUUUUUAUUGUUGUGGAUUAAUCUAAUCUAUGCCGAUAUUAUAUUUGC